AUGUCGGCCGCCAUCGAGCCACCUGGUCCAUCUCGACCACCUUCGCACAAGCCUCAUCCUUACACAAAUACACAAACCAGAAUGUACGACCUACCCGCCGACCUCUCAGUAGCGCAAUUAGAGGCAAAGAAGAUUCUUGCCCAUCUCCUGGAGAGGCUGAAAGACGAAGAUUCAAAAUACUACGCAAAGUAUGGAAAAUGGGUAGAGCGACACCCUCGCCUCGAGGACUUUUGCUUUCGGAGCAUUAGACCACAAGUAUGGGGCUUUCUCAACGGCCGAUGGAGUCUCGACGCAUUGAAAGCUGUCGGUGGUGAUUUGAAGUACGAAGGAAGAGGUCUUUAUCUGGAUGGCGUCCUGGGACUCGACCGGAGAGUACGCAUUUACGUUGGCCAAGCGGGAUCGAUACGGUCACGUGUGGGGCAACACCUGAACUUCCGGUAUCGAAGAGACAACCCCAGUCUCCAUUACCACGCUAUGCAACACAGCAUAUACAACUCCAUUGGCCUCAUCGCCCAAGUCCCAUCGCCGAAUAUGGGCAAUCACACUCUACCCGGCAUGGACUGUCCGGAUCUCCUCCUGAACGUACUCGAAAUGUGGAUGUGUUUGGUGUUCCGAAGUCUACCACUGCAAAUUCUCGACACAUGGCUUCCGGAUGACGCCACCGUGAAGAAGGGCAGGAAGUCUGGCCAAGAAGGCGAAUUCGGUGGUCUUAAUAUCGCCAUACCGCUCGACCAAGGCGGAGCCCAAAGAGAAUGGCUGGAUCUUAGCGAGUGCGAAGAUCCGUUGAUACGCGAGUAUCUUGGUCGUGGUAAAGAAAGCGCCAAGGUCGAGGCGAAAGAGGAGGAAGAUUCGCCUGAACAAAGACGGACUAAAUAUACAGAAAAAGCCAGGAGCUACAACAAGCAGCAGACGGAGCCACCAGUCGCCACUCCACCAGUCGCGGGUUAUAUCUUUGGUGCUGCUGUCGCUUUCCUUAUCGGGGCAGCGUUGCUACGAGGCUAUGCAUCUAGGCCGCAAGGACGAUGGCGAUAG